CAGCGCCAGAACCUGAAGUGAGGGGCGGAGUUAUUGACAAUGAGACAAGCAUGGCGGAGAGCAUGUAAGAUGACAGCCAAAAUUGCACCUGGCACAUGGAUGCUACUGAAAAACAAGGAUAUCCCCCAACAGAUUGGUGAUGUAGACUGUGGAGUCUUCAUGUUGAUGUAUGCUCUACAUCUUGUCUUGGGAGCACCCUUUGAUUUUACAUCUUGCGACUUUCCAAACAUACGGAGAUGGUGGACUCUUAUUCUUCUGGAGAACUUUGGGGUUUUCUCUGAAAGGAGCUCCCAAUAAUCCGGCACAUGAAAGAAGCUGUGAAAUGGCUCCAUUCCAACAGCCAUCUGCUCAGGGGUCCAGUGGAAGAGCCUCUUUUCAUUCGAAUGAAUGAAGACCACAAGGAAAAGGCCCGCAACAAUCUCCUGGAACAGUCAGAAGCUUCCAGAGAGCCCUUUCUAUUUCAUUUUGUGUUCA